AUGUCAAACAGUAAGGAAAACCUGUACGGUGCGAGCAGUUGCAGGAAGUUAUCAGAGCUAAAUUUGAAUGAUGACAUGGAUCGGCUGGUGAAUGAAUUUGAUCAGCUCAGAAGGGCCCAGCGAGAUCAGCAAGCUUUUAUGGAUUAUAGCGAACCAGAAAUUCAUUUUGCUCCGACUUAUCGUUUGCUGGUUGGCUCCUCAUAUUACGACCAGGAACGUGUGCCGUCCUGGUGUGAUCGGAUCGUUUACAAAGGUAAAUCGUUGCAAUGCGACCGAUACGAAUCGAACCGUAUGGUAACACUAUCAGAUCAUCUUCCG